AAAUUGAUCAGAGAAAUCACUAAAAAUCCAACUAAUUAACGCGGAAAGAAUAGUCAAUGAUUUCAAUCAUUUAAUUCUCACUGAUUCUCAGUUAAACGUCUCUCAAAAAUUCACAAUCAAUCCACAUUUCACUCCACCCCAGCUAGAUCUAGGUAAUUACUAUGGGUAGAACCGCAAGAAUUCGUCGACGAAAGCACAAAAAAUCAUCAGAAUCCAAUUCCCAAAAAUACGACUCGUCCGUUCUGAAAGAUCUUGAGGACUGGAUGAAGUCCCUGAACUGGUCCCCGACAUGUCCAUUAACUCCCCACAUAUUUAGUGACACUGGCAGAGGCCUAAAGUGUCUAGAACCCAUAUCAACAGGCCAAAUCAUCAUAAAAAUUCCCCGAAAUUUACUCCUCACAACUUCCUCAAUUUUCCAGUCUCAAAUCGCAAAAAUCUUCACUAAAACUCGAAGUUACGAGCCCCAGGCUGUUCUCUCAGUGCUUCUGUGCUUCGAGAAACAUCUGGGGGAUGAUUCCAAGUGUAAAUUUUAUAUAAACAAUCUACCUGGUCGAUACACAGUCCCAGAUUACUGCAAAAAUAAUGAGAAAUCGAUUUUACCUUCGUUUAUCCUCCAAGACCUCCAAAAACAAUCCCAGAAGGUCACAAAUAAUUACAAGAUGAUUAUGGAAUCAAUUGAUGAGCUGACAAAUAGUGGAAGUGAUGCUUGCGAGCAUUGUGGAAGGUCUCUGAGGGGAAUUAUAACAUUUCAGGCCUUUAAAUGGGGAUUUUAUACUGUAAAUACUCGAGCUGUGUACAUGAACUCCUCUAGAAACUUGAAUAGUCUCAUAAAUAUCUGUGGGGAGGAUAAUUUAGCACUGGCUCCAUUCCUAGACCUCUUCAAUCAUUCCUACGAGGCCUCAGUUCACGUGGGAUUGGAGACUGAUGAUCAUCAUCGAGAAUUCUAUCAAAUUCGGACGUUGAAACCUUUCGAUUCUGGCUCUCAGGUUUUUAUUAAUUAUGGAGCUCAUAGUAAUGCGAAAUUAUAUCUUGAGUAUGGGUUUUUUAUUGGGGAUAAUCCACUGGAUGAGAUUAUUGUUGAUUAUGGGAUGAUUGAGGAGAGUUUCAUUGUCUCGGAGAAUGCUGGGGAGUUUAUCAGAGCUAAUGGGUUCGAUAAAAGUGUUGGGUUUAGUUCUGAGGGAUUGAAUUAUCAUGGGAGAAUUGUUUUGUUUGUUUUGAGUACGAGUUUGGGACAGGAUUGUUGGAAGGAGAGGAUUUAUAGGUAUGAUUUUAGUGAUCGAGAGACGUUUAGUGUUAAUGAGUUGGGGAUUAAACUGGUGAGUAUGAAGAAGAUGGAAUUGAUUGAGGAAUUGAAAGGGAUGAAGGAAAUUGGGGGUCAGAGCGAGAGUUUUAGGAUAUUUGUUUCACUUAUGGAGGAAUAUAUUUCUUUAUGCAAUCGCUGUUUGAAAAAUUUGAUGAGUUAGAGAAUGACCAAAGCUGACGAAACAAUUCAAUUCAAUUCAAUUUCAAUUCUAAUGUAAUUGUUUUAAAACCUAAAAAAACACUUUUGAGGAGUGAAUUUAUUGUUAAAAAAAUGUUUUGUUUAUCUUUAUUACGAAUAAGGCUCGGAAUUGUUGAACAGAAUAUUUGUAAAUAUAGAUUUAGCUCUUGAGGAUUUUAAAAUAAUUAUUAGUCAGGAAUUACGGAAGAGAGAAAUGCAUUUGUUUAUGCAAUAGAUGUGUAAAUAAUUCAGUGAAUGAAAAUAUUAUGACGUGCAUGAAUUGAUCAAUUUGGAAUUGAAAAAAUGAACUU